GGCUGCGGCUUGCGGCGGAGCAGGGCUGGUACAGCCCGGAGUGGGACAGUGCGACUUGGCGUAGGGAAAGCCGGGGCUCGUAGUUGCCCCGCGUUGGGAGCGCUGAGGGAAGAGCGUGAGGAGGGAUCCGGCGUGGCGUCCAGGUGCGGGCCGCCCCUCCGCCCGAGUGCGGGAGGGGAGGGCGGAGCGGGGAGUCCGCAGUACCAAAAGGGCUGGCUCCAUCCCCGCACCUCGCUCGAGCGGCCGCCGCUCGCCCUCGCCUCUUUUCCGCACAAAGCGGAGGGAGCCGUGUUUCCUGUCCGGGGACCUGCUGAGGAAAACGAGCGGAACUUGCCCAUUCUUACAGACGAGCCCUUUCAAAGGGCAGUCCUGCGAGCUGCCCGCGCCCCCAGGAGCGCAGCCCCACAGCGCUCCCGGAGCGGGCACCGGCCUCUGUGAGCACCCGCUGAGCAUUUCCCCUUAGUGCUACCCCUCGGGACUAGCAGCACGUUUAUUCUGGCUUCCGUGUUAAUGUGGUGCCAGUCACGUUAGAAGGAUGAGGAAGAUCCUAGAGUGUCCAACCAGUCUGUCAGGGCUGUGAGCAUUGCACAGCGGUUUGGGACCCAGAACGGCAGAGCAGGAUGUCAGCCAGCGCGCCUCAGGCAACGUUUGCUAUUAUCUCUCGGAAUUCACUUUUCUUCUUUAGUCUCCUGCUCUAAUUUCUUUUAGCAAUUGUUACCCUGCUCUGGGAGAAACGCAGGAAGAAGAGAGCUGUACUCCUGGAAGAUGAAGAUUCUUUGGGGAAUUCAUGCUAAUGCGCUGGCAUAUUCCAUGACUACCUUAGGUGCUGGAAUGAUGAACAGCAUUUUUAAUUUCUACUACGUUAAGCUUUUCCUAAACCGAUACAAAAUUUCAGAAUCUGCAUUUCACACAGCACAGGUUGUGUUCAUGGUCUGGAACGCCAUCAACGAUCCCCUCUUCGGCUACAUCCAGGACACCUCGAGGCUGCGGUGCUGCGCCAGGCGCCAGUUCUCCAUCCUGUACGGGGCCCCGCUGUACGGCCUGGCCUUCCUGCUGCCCUGGUUCCCCUGGCGGCGCUACCAGGACGGCGACUGGCUCAGCGGGCUGCACCUGGCCGUGGCGCUGUGCGCCUUCGACGGCCUGCUCACCUUCGUGCUGCUGGCGCAGUGCGCGCUCUUCGCCGAGGGCUCCCCCCGCCACGACAGCCGCCUCCGCCUCAUCAAGUACAACCAGGUGGCGACGCUGCUCGGCUCCACCAGCGUUCUCUUCUGCGGGCUCGUGUCGGAUAAUAUGGAGAACUUCGCUUAUUUCCAGGCUUUCACCGUUCUGAUCGCGGUGCUGGCGACGGCUUGUAUGUGCUGCACGGGUAAAUACAGCACAAGUCAGUAUGAGCAGAGAGAAGUUCAUGCAGAGGAUGCUAGUCGGGAAAGCAGCAAUGGAGCUUUCUCCUUGGCCUCAGUAGUUUCAUUGACGAAACAGAUCAUGACGGAGAAGAACUUUCUAUGUUUUGUAACAAUGAACUUCUUCCAAGUCUUCCACCUAGCCUUCUACAACAAUUUCAUGAUGAUCUUUGCGGAUAAUCUUAUUCCUAAGGAUGUCCUGUCUUCCUCAGUAAGAAGUAUCAUGUAUGGAGCAGGUUUUAUUUGUCCUCAGUGCCUUGUUCUUCUCAGUCAUACUUUGUUGAAGAAGUUUGGUUAUUACAGAAUCAUCUUGUUUUCCUUUUACUAUGAAGGAGUAGCUGCUGCUGUCAUGUGUCUUCUAGGGCAAGAACACUAUUCUCUGCUGGCAUUUUAUGUCACAACAAACAUGGUAAUUGUGCAGGCUUCAUUUAGCUUGUUCAAUUUGCCUUUGGCAGAUAUUGUUGACGCAGAUUUCAUAAAGCACAAGAGGAGAUUACCACUUUCCUCUAUGGUUUUUGGUACCAACGCUUUAUUUACCAAGCCUGCCCAAUCUUUGGCUCCAAUGGUUGUGGUUAAAAUACUAAAUCAUUAUGGAUAUUAUAACCUGAAUAAUGUACCUGGUGGUCCUGAUAUAAGCAGGUCGUUUUUAGAUCUGCAUGAUGCCAUGUUCUACCUGGUCUGCCUGGUUCCCCUCUGCAUUGCAGUCCUUCAGAUCCUGACCUGGACUCCCUUUUCCAUCCAGAACAGCCACCUGGCAGCUCCACAGUAAAUAUGGAACCAGUGGCCAGUGCAUCUCCUGCUGAACCACCAGAGAGUUCAGUAAGUUUUUCAUGUGAGAAAGCAAAAUUGCAAGAUGAAACACUGUUUGAGUUGUUUCAGUAAAGCUGCAUUUUCAGUCUUUAUAGACUGUGAAUCCCAUUCAGCCUUAAUGCUGAGCCUACACAAGUGUUUUCUAGUUCAGUUGCUUUCUGUUAAGGGGUUUUAUCCUUAAUUACUUUAUUUAAAGUAAUUUCUAGUGUAUAAUGAUUCCUGUUAACUCAUUUGAAAAAAAGGAUAUGGCAGAUCAGGGAAAGAGAUCCCAACCCAGCACCUGGAAUUCAAGGGAACUGUAUUUUCUGAAGCUUACUGGUGGAUUAAUUUUGCCAUACUGAUAAAAUGGCAGAUCCCUGAAGUUAAUCUGGAAGAUCCCAGUGGACAUCCCUCGUAGGUGGCAGGGAGAUGAAGAGAAAACUUCAGAUGGUGUCUACCUGGCCAGUAUCAACACAAAUCUGACAGCUACCACAGGAAGAGCCAAGAGUAAUUACCCACCCUGUGAAAGUCUGUGUAAGGCUAAAGGAGAAAAGGAUUCAGAUGCUGCUCAGUGUUGCUCAGUAUGGAAGAAGCUCCAGAAGUCCUCACUGGCUUUACAAAUCUCUGGUUUGGUGGAAGGUCAGUGCAGUUUUCUAGCUUUAAAUGGGAAAAUAAUUUUGAAGGUAUCCUCUAGUUAGUGCUUCAUGCAGAAUGUCAUUGUGGCAAGCACAGCUUUAGUCUGUGGUUGGAGGGUUCAGCUCCUGGACAUAUGGAAGUACACACAGUUAUUCAACCAAGCUCUCCCUGUUCAGUGGUGUUAUGUUGGCAAACUCAUUUGGUGUGUGACAAUUUAAGUAAAUUUCUGAAUCAUCAAGUUGAAGUUAGUUAAUUUCUGAUUAAUUCUUAUCGGUUAGGAUUUUAAAUGAAUCCUGUGAUUUUUAUAAAAUAAAUGGGUUUUGACAAAAUUUCAGAAACA